AUUUAUGAUAGCGUUUAUCAUGCUCGGACGCAAGUGUGCUUCGGACGUCGAAGCGCGCGCACGUUUUGCACCAAUAAUGAAUUGUUAACUUGUGUUUAUCGUGUAGUCUAUGGAAUGUUUUUGUGACACUGUGUGAGAACGGGAUUCAAAAUUGAAUACUUUAAAGGUCCGAGUGUGUUCGCGUGCGGCAUGCGGCUGCGGGCGGCGCAGUGGCAGCGCGCGGGUUGCGCCUUCGCCGCUCUACUAGCCGCUACUGCGCUCGCUGCUGCGCUUUCGUGGAACUCCAUCUUCGAAUCUGUUUUCACCUCUCAAGUAGCGCUGAAACCAGAUACAAGAUCAUUCCGUGAGUGGGUGGCGCCGACUGUCCCUCUCUUUUUCGAGGUGUAUCUUUUUAACUGGACCAACCCGGAGAACUUUCCAGAAGAAAUCCCCAAUUUGGAGGAGUUAGGUCCCUACGUAUUCCGGGAGCACCGGCAUCACGUGAACAUAUCUUGGUUUCCGGAGAAUGGUACGGUGGCGUAUAUGACACAGAGAAGUUGGCACUACGACUCGGAGGCCAGUAACGGCACCCUUGAUGACAAUGUAACCAUCGUUAAUGUCAUUGCUGCAUCAGCAAUAUACCGUGCCAGGUAUUGGGGCUACUUCCGCCAGAAGACUUUGUCCAUGGCACUGGCCAUGUUUGGACAGGGCAUAUCAGUCUCCAAAUUGGCUGGGGAGCUGUUGUUUGACGGGUAUGAUGACCCUUUAAUGGAUAUUGCUAAGAAUCUUCCCGCCAGUACUACUGGAGGUGCACCCCCAUUGGAUAAAUUUGGACUAUUUUAUGGGAGGAACAAUUCAAUUGACACCGAUGGUUACGUUGAAAUAACGACAGGCGAGGUUCCCGGGAUCCUGCCAGGUCAGAUAGUUCGGUGGAAUCAUCUUGACCAUCUGCCGUAUUACAAUGGAUCUUGUUCAAAGAUGGCUGGUAGCGCGGGUGAGUUUAUGCCUCACAACCUGACUGAAGAGUCCCAGUUGGAAAUCUUCAUGGGAGAUUUGUGUCGAACUGUGUACUUCGACUAUUCUGAGACCUGUACUAAUCUGGGGCUCACCUACCAUAAGUAUGAGCUGACUGAAACCAGCUUUGAUUUUUCACCAUUAACGCCUGACCAUACCUGUUUCUGUGACGAGGAGUGUGGCUGGCGAGGCGUAAUGAAUGUUUCCGCAUGUCGAUAUGGAUCACCCGCCUUCCUCUCGUUACCACACUUCCUACAUGGGGACCAGGAACUUCGGGAAAAGGUCCAGGGUCUCAACCCCGACCCUAAAAAACAUUCCUUCUACUUUGGAGUUGAACCGAAAUUGGGUGUUCCUGUCGACGUUUCGGCGAGGUUUCAGUUCAACGUAUUCAUAGAACCUACACCUAAUAUUGCGAUGUUCGAAUCGGCACCACGUAUGCUGUUUCCCGUAUUCUGGGUCCAGCAGAAAGUGAUGAUAGAUAACAAAAUCGCAUCGGAGUUGCGAAUGGUGCGAGCUGUUUCGGAUUGGGGCGCCACAAUAUGCGCGUGCAUCGCCCUAACAUUCGUGGGGAUCAUAACACUUGCAUCGUGCUGUAAGAAAUCUCAAUUAAAGAAACCAAAAGAUAUUAUAGUAACGUUAGAGAGGCCAAGAGACGAAGCCGAAAUGAAAUUGAAUCCUAGUGGGAAGCAGAACGCACACGGCCGGCGAGAAUGCGCAAGGCGAAGGAAAGUUCGCUCUUAAUGAUCAGGCGCACGAGAUCACGAUUUUACAUUCCAUCCCAGGAGAAAGUAUAUGUUAACUAUAUUUAGCUAAUUUUAAGACUAUGUAAAUAUUUGUCGUCCUUAGUGAUAGCUGAAACGAAUAUGUUUAUUUAUGUUAUAAUAUAGUUUUAUAUUAGAAGUUUGAUGUACACCGAUUGUAGCAUUUUGUAUAGUUUUAUAAAAUAUCGAAACGAAGAUUUUAUAGUGUUAUAAGUAGUAAUUUAUAUACAUGAACCAUUUAGAAAUCUAUUUAUUGAUGCAUUGAUUUUACUUAUAUAACAUUGUUUCUAUCACCACGAUAUAUUAUUUCCAUAUGAACAUAUCUUUAGAUUUAGAAUUUUGUAAUAUCCUUAUGUUUACACAAUAGUAGCGGUGAUUUCCUUGAGAUCGCGUCGAACAAAAUGUCAAUAUUAAAAUCGGAAUCGCUAUCGCUAGAGAAAAAAGGCGCAGGCCAAUUUUCAAAAUAUAUGUUGAUAGAGAAAACAUUACCACGAUCUUAAAAUUUUUCACUUUUAAGGAAGACAUGUCGAGCGUGUAAUUAAUAGUAAUAACUGUUAUAUUUAAUAAUAAAACCUGUAUAAUGUCUCCUUUUAUAUGAUUCGUCGUGUCGAUAAAAGAAAGUACUUUAAAAUCUGCACGUAACACAAAGUUUACGAUAUCUUUUAGAUGAGAUUAUUAUAGAUAUAAACAAAAAUUCAAACAAUCUAACAAUUAUAUAUUAUAGACAUAGACAUAUGACCGCUCUCUAUGUAUAUUUUUGACAAAUGUCAUACAGGGAUAAAAUGCAUUCCAUAACAAUGAUAUGAUGUUGAUAUUAAAUGAUUUGUUUUAUG